AGGGUUCUAGAAGGCGUGACGUGGGGUCGAGAGCGGGCUCAGAGGCGGGCGCCUCUUAGUAGUCGCUGUGGCCGCAGCUGCCGGGCCUGGAGACGCGGGCGGCCGGGGCCGCGGGCGCAGCCUCCUCGUCUCCCCGGCCAUGGCCGCGCUCGGCCGGCCCUUCAGCGGCCUCCCCCUGAGUGGCGGCCCCGACUUCCUGCAGCCGCCGCCGCCCUUCCCCGGCCGGGCCUUCCAGCCGGGAGCAGACGGCGCCGAGCUGGCUCCGCGGCCGGGACUCCGCGCCGCCCCGAGCAGCCCCGGCGGGAGCGCGGCGCGCGGACGUGUUUCAGUUCGCUGUAAAAAGAAACACAAGCGAGAGGAGGAAGAUGAUGAUUGUCCAGUAAGAAAGAAAAGGCUAACUGAAGCAGGGCUCUGUGCUGGUCCUAAUGACUGGAUUCUUUGUGCACAUCAGGAUAUAGAGAGUCCUGGAGUAAAUCCGUGCACUAGCGGCCUCUCUGCACCUGGCAUGUUAGAUGUUAUAUGUGAAGAGAUGGAUCAGACAACGGGAGAACCACAGUGUGAAGUUGCACGAAGGAGGCUUCAAGAAAUCGAGGACAGGAUAAUUGAUGAGGAUGAAGAAGUGGAAGCUGACAGAAAUAUUAACCAUCUCCCCAGUCUUGUUCUUUCUGACACCAUGAAAACAGGUUUGAAGAGGGAGUUUGAUGAAGUCUUUACAAAGAAAAUGAUUGAGUCCAUGAGCCGUCCUUCCAUGGAGCUUGUGCUCUGGAAACCUCUCCCUGAACUCCUUUCUGAUAAGCCAAAGCCGACAUCUAAUGCUAAGAACUAUACAGGAGAGAGCCAAACUAAGCAUGCAGCUGCUGGCCCUGCCUUCCCUGGGAGAACUGAGCUGUUCUUGGAACCUCGGCAAACAGGGAUGCCUGUUUACAAUAGUUUGGAGACAGCUGCUUGCACAGAAGAAGAGAUGGAACUCUAGAAACCAGUUUCUAUGCUAAAGUUGUCAAAUUUUAGAAGGCUCAUGUAUUUAGUCGUGAGCCUACUUGUAUUUGUAUAGUAUAGGGACUUGAAAGUUUUAUGAAACGGGUGUAAUAAUAUCUCCACCUGUGAUUUGGGGUGGGACUCUCAUUUUGGGUAGCCAUUUUGUGAAUCCAACUUUUUUGCUAUGGAAGCUUGUCUCAAGGGAAAAGAGUUUUCCACAGGGCUUAUUAAGGGAAUGGAAGUUGCAGUCUGCAAAGGCAAGUAUAGAAGCUAUGUGUCUAAGGGUGACUUAAAUCAUCUGUCACAUUGUCUAAACCAUUCAGAUAGUUGGCAAAUAUUCAGACACUUGAAUUUGAAACAAUGCAUUAAGAAAGAAGGAUGCUCCUACUAUGACUGUACCCUGACAGCCGAGUCACAACUACGUCUAUAGAUCGGAGCUUGUUUACAGUGGGGACUCUAAAAUUGGGAAGAGGAGGGAGGAAAGUAGCUUAGCCUAUUGCCAAGAGAUUUAACAGAGGCUCUGAAACUUGUAUAUUGUCAAUUCUGUGUAGCUACGCUGAUUAAAUAGCUGGUAGCAUUGUGGCUCACUUAGCCUCUGAAAAUGGCAAUGAAAAUACAAAAAAGGUUUUUCCUUCAAGGCUUUUUUGCCUUGUGUUACAGUUGCUCCUUGGUUUCCCUUGCAUAAUUGAUAAGCCCGGUUAUUCAGGUUUGUUUACAACUUAAUUAACUUUGAGUGAUCGUUAAAAAGUGAUCGUGAGGUAACCUUACGUUCAAAUUGGCUAUGGGAGAAGCCUCCCUUAAGUAAUCCCAAGGAACUGCCAUGUCAGCGAAGCCCAGCAUUGAUAGGUAUUUUUAAAAAGGUUGUACCUAUAUUAGCAAGUUGAGUAUUUUUAGUGUUAAUGUAGAAAACAAUGACAAUAAUUAACUGAAAUGGGUAAGUGACAUUGAGAGUUACUGAACCAGCCACUUUGCCUGGUACUUCAGCUGUUGUGCAGUAAACCUAGAGAAUGGCUUCCUGCUAGCGGGACAUCUUCAUCUUGAGGAACUAAACCAGGCUCAAGGUGCCCUUUGGGGAUAACCAGGAUUGAAGUUCUUUAUUUCUCAGGAAGGGCUCUUCUGUGUGGCAAGGACUCAGUAGUGCCGAGUAAAAUAACACUUCCUUUAGUGCUAUGGAAAUAUCCACUAUAACUUAUUAAAUGAGUGUAAUAGUGUAAUACUUGCCCUUACAUCACACAACAGGAGACCACCCCAGUUCUUUUUGUUUUGUUUUCUGGGUUUUUUUCCCCCUUUGUAGGACUCAGAUACCUUGUGUAGGAAAAAGAAUGGCUUAUGCCAAGUAGAGGUGACUUUUUCGAAACAAGCUCCCAGACGUUUUUGAAACCCAUGCUGAAAUCCCUCCCCUUGUUACAGAUGGCGCAGAAGUAACAAGUCUGUUAAUUGGACUGUUUCUUCCCUUGCCUGUUCCUGCUUUCUCUGUUUCUGUCUGGACAGUCAGGAAAAGAUUUAAUGUUUAAUAUUUAAACAAUAUUUAAUGUCUACACAAUAAAAUUAUUCAAACUUCAAACCAGUAUUAAAACCAGUUGGAAACCAGCUAAUAGUUUCUUAAUCUCAGAUUUAGAGAUGAAUGUAAACUGUAUUCUGUUGAGAUGUGCAAGUGUUUGAUUCAUGCUGUUUGAAAAACUCCUGCCUUUAGGUCAUUGUUUAAUGGGACCAACUUAAAAAGUUUGUAGCCUUAAAGAAAUCGCCGUCCUAAAAGUUUCUUCUGGUAUGACUCAAAAACAUGAAGUGAAUGCCCAGGAUUUGGAGUUAGUCCCAGUGUUAAGGCAGAAGGGGAGUUCACAACUUUCCAAAGAAGGACCCAAAACACACUGAGAGAGUCUUUGGUAGGAAUUGUGGGCCGGGCCUCUGAUCCAAGGUCUGUAUGAGGAAAAGGAAAAAGAGCUCCAAAACAGGGCUCUGAUACCACUGGUAAAAUACAGGAGAGAAUGAAGAGUCUGUUAAUUAAAAUCCAAACAACUUGUUUCAGGAGUCCGAUUAUCUGACGUGAUUAUUUCUGCAGGAAAAUGGAUGUUUAAUGCUCCUUUUUAAACUUUAUCCUUUUGCAUAUGUUUGUACAGAAAUUUUCUUCAUCCUUGUGGUGCUUAUUCAUCUGAGCCGUCUCCACAGUCUCCAUGCCUCUGCUUUGUUUUUCUUCUGUAGUGUAAGGCUUUUGCUUUUGCCUUAAGGUUUCCUUAGGGAAUCAACAGGUCUUUUCAUUUUGUACAACUUUUGAAGCAUGGAUCAAACAUUGGCUUACUAUGCUAAUGUGUGGAGAGAAAAAUUACCUAAAGCAGGUGAGCUUUAAUGAACAAAUGUAUAUUUUCUCUGAGUUUGAGUAGGGUGUGUGUGUGUAUUUUUUUUUUUAAUAUAAAGUUAAGUUCUCACAAAUCUCAAUCAUUUAAAAAAGCAGAAACAAAAACAAAACUUGCUCAUUUUUGAAAAGGUGCAAAUGUAAAAUUUUAGGAAAAUAGGGUAGGGGCUAGAACCAUGAGAACGAUGCUUAUUAUAAGCAGGUUCGUUAAUUAUUUUGGAUUUGAAAACUUGGUUUUUCAUUAAUAGUGACCAGAAUGGUACAGUACUAGGAAGGUUCUGGAAGAUGCUGUCAAUUUUACUUUAAAACGAGAAUCUGGUGUUUCUGUAUUUUAUUGUUUUCAAUAAAACUUCUUAAGUGCUUUGA